AUGUAUCCUCUCUGCAGAGAUGUCUUGUUUCUCGUGGCAUUAUAUUUGAACUUGUCCUCUCUCUCAUCCUUUCGAUUGGUGAGUCGAGAAUGGAAUUCAGCCCUUGAUGAUUAUUUACUUUCCGAACCCACCAAUAAGGACAUUUCUUGUUCAUCAUCAUCCUCUCAACAUUCCGUCAAUACGACAGUAAAGACGACAACCAUUCAUCAUCAACACUUGUUUUGGAAUGAAUUUUGGAUGGAUAAAUUAAAAAGUUAUUUUUGGAAAUAUUUGGAAUGUUUAGAACCCAUUCCUAUUCAAUCAUUAUCAUCAUCAACAUUUAUCCCACCGAAUGUGAUCAAGAAAUUUAAUAGAUUUAUCAUUUCGGAAAAAGCUAGAAUUCAAAGACAUGUAAAAAGAUUGGAAAAUAAGAAGAAAAAACUUUUAUUACGACAAGAGGAUGAUGUAUUCAUCUUAGAUGUUCGACGAGUGGUUGAAUGUCACAAACAACGUGCGCUUGGAAUGUUUAAAAACUUUCUACUUGUGGAUCACCAUAUUUGUAAUUAUGUAUUGAAAUGGGCAUGUGAAAAAGCUUGCAAUGGACUCGAUGAUGAAAUUAUUCGAGUAUUUGAAUUGUUCAAAAACGAUCUUGUCAAGUCUGAAGAGUUAUUGGAAUGUUCUCUCCGAGCCAUGAAGUAUCAUGUGGUUGAUGAGUUGACACUUGACAAAUUUAUCAAUACCACGUAUUGUGGAAAAGACGUCACACACCUAUUAUUCGACAAUAUUACGUGCUUUUCAUUUGAACAAUUUAAGCAACUUGCACAUCACUUUAAGGAAUCUCCCAAGACAGACUCGAUUCGAAAAAAUACGAUCAUAUAUUUAUUUAAACAAGCUCUGUGGACCGAUGACAUUCAAAAUAUCGAUAUGCUUACAGAAAUUCUAGAAAAAAAAUUGGGAAAACCUCUAUUCGAUCAAUCAAUCAUGAACCAAUUUUUAAAUUCGUACGAUGACUCGACGCACCCAUAUUCUAAAUUUUGGAACAAGCACAAAAUAUUACGUUAUAUGCAAAAGAAAUUUAAUGUUUGCAUUGGAGAACCAUUUAUAGCACCACUUCUCUUUUUUAGCUUGGAUUUUACUACUGAUUCUAUAGAAUUGAUUGAAAAAAUUUACCAAGGAAAUGUUCAACAGAUUGAACAAUUAGUACAUGUCACCAUGUCAAGAUUAUUUCGGUCAGAUUGCUUUCGAAUGUCGAAAAAACAAUCCAAAAGCUUUUUGUUUCAAGCGUUGAAAUAUUUAGUGUUGACUUUUAACGUUAAUUUAUUCAGCUAUGUUUCGCGCCCCUCGAGUUGUGUUAGUUCUAACUCUUGCAAUCUAUUAGACUAUUUAAUCUAUUUUUCCAUUUCAAGAAUUGAUUGGGAAGCUUUUUAUGACCUUAUGGCCAAACAAGUCGUGCAAAAUGGUAAAGAUGUUUACCAUUAUUUUGUUGUUGAGAAUGAAGGCAGUAUUGAGUUUCAAAAUAAUACGAAAAAACUCAAUCUGGCAAGUUUGAAAAAUUCACAAUACCUUAAAACAAAGAUCAUGUCCAACAAAUCAUCAUUGGGGAACAGUCCAGAAAUAGAAUUUUUUGAACAAAAGACUAAUCUCAUACCUCAUCACAAAUAG